UCGGGUGGAAAACACGCAAAACGUGGGAGAGCGUCCUCACAUGUCAACGACUGCAGAAUAUAAAUAAUUUCAGAAGUUUUUGACUAUUAAAGUACUAAGUGAAUUAGCUUCAUCGGCCUGAGAGAAAGAUUAUAAUUCAUCUAAUAAAUCAGAAUUGAGCAGGAGUUGGAGGAUCAGAUCCUUAAGCAUGAGUUUACUGCCUCGCACCGCCGAGGAGUUCAGCUCCGCGGAUUACUGGGAGCGCUUUUUCCGUAAAAGAGGAGAGAAGGCUUUCGAGUGGUACGGAGACUACAACUCCCUUUGCGGCGUGCUGCAUAAAUACAUUAAACCUCGUGAUAAGGUGUUGGUGGUGGGCUGUGGUAACUCUGAGCUGAGUGAGCAGCUCUAUGAUGUUGGCUACCGUCAGUUAACCAACAUUGACAUCAGCGAGACGGUGGUGUCUCACAUGAACCAGAGGAAUGCAGAGCACCGUCCUGACCUGACCUUCCGGCAGCUGGAUGCCACCCAGACGGGCUUUGAGAGCGGGAGCUUUCAGGCAGCUCUGGAUAAGGGCACUCUUGAUGCCAUGGCUUCAGAAGAGGAUGGGGCACUUGCGGGCAGGAUGCUGGCAGAAGUUGGCAGAGUUUUGGCUGUGGGGGGUCGGUACGUCUGCAUAACUUUAGCCCAGGAGAAUAUCAUAAAGCUGGCUGUGGAACAUUUCGUCCAGGGCUGGGCUGUACGAAUUCAUUGUCUUAGUGGACAGCAGAACGAAGAGUCUGAUUCCUCCUUCGCCCUCCCCGUAUUCGUUCUGGUCUGCACCAAAUUCCGCCAAGCGCCCCCGUUUGCAGUGCUUGAGUUGUGUCAGGGGGAGGAUGGCGCUCCUGUUAGACUUGCGUCAGUACCAGAGCUGUUGUCCGCUGUGAAGGAGAGACAGGCCUACAAUCUAAUGCUGCAUAAGCUCAGAGGAGGAACAGACGCUGACAGCACACCGUCCCUCACGCUGUGCCAUGCAGCCACCGGCCGGCCGCGAUACACUCUGACCGUGCAGGACAGCCUGCCUUGUGCCAAGCUGCCACGGAGUAAUCACUUCGCCAUCUUUAUCGUUCCUCAGGGCCGUGAGUCUGAUUGGUUAUAUGGCUCUGCUGAAGGUCGGUCUCAAUUGGCAUCCAGUGCAAAAUUCAGACGCCUGGUCAUUGUGGCGAUGCAUCGAGAUCAGGAGUAUGAGGACAUGCAGGCCGUCCAAUCAGAGCUCUCUCCAAUGGUGAUGGAACUCGCUCCUCCUGGAAUGCCAGCCAAUCAGCAGGUGCCGUUCCUGUCUGUGGGAGGAGAUCUGGGGUGGAGGGAAGUCAUCGGACGAGGGGUUAGCGCUUUGACUGGAGAGUAUUCUGUGGAGGAUGUGAGAGGAGAGGACGGUCACCUCUAUCGCAGGCUCAUCUUCAUGAACAAUUCCCAGCUGGUGCAGUCAGAGAGCAGACUGCGGUCUGCCGCCACAGCAUCUUCUGCUCACAAAAAGAAGAACAAGAAAAAAUCCAAACCAUCUGUUUCUGAAGCCCCUGCUUUAACGGGGGUUAAAGAUCGCAUCGUGGACAGAGGUUUUCUCUGCUGUACGCACCAUGAAGUCAUGGUGGCGGGUUUAGCCAUGUUAGGAAUGGAUGCAAUCAAUAAUAAAGAUCACCCGGUGUCCGUGUUACUGGUGGGACUAGGUGGUGGUGGUUUACCCCAGUUUGUGCAUGACUUUGUGCCGUGUGCACGGGUUGAGGUGGUUGAACUGGACCCAGCUGUGCUGGAAGUGGCUCAGUCCUGGUUCGGAUUUCACACGGACGAGAGGCUGAAAGUUAUACUUGGAGACGGACUGGAGCACAUCAAAACUCUGGAGAGCAAGGGAGGACAUUCUUUUGAUGUCAUAAUGUUUGACGUUGACAGCAAAGACACAACCCUGGGCAUGAGCUGCCCUCCGUCUGCCUUUGUAGAAACAUCACUUCUGAAGAAAGUUUACAGCUUAUUAACCCCUCGAGGACUGUUCAUGUUGAACCUAGUGUGUCGUGACUCGGCUCUGAGGAAGUCAGUUCUCGAGCGUGUUCAAGCCGCGUUCCCGUGUGUGUUCUCUCGUGGAAUCGAGGGUGAAGUCAAUGAGGUGCUGCUGUGUUGCAGAAGUGCAGGAGAGGGACACAAACCUCACAGCAUUUCACAAACAUUACAGCAGACAGCAAAAGACCUGCAGAAGACACUACGUGCCAACACCCAGAAUGCACCAUGUGUGCCUCAAAUAGACAUUACUGCAAUGUUGAAUGACCUGAAAGUGAUCUAAAGACUGAGAAAAGAUGGAGCGAAAACAAAAACUAAAAUAAAUGGCUGUUUGACCUAAAAAAUGUGUAUCAUUUUUAAGGUUAAGAAAUUAAUUUAGCUGUAAACUUAUGUUGCCAUAUCUUUGACUAAAUGGCAUACAGCCUGUUCAUUUUGCAGAUUAUUCUGGAAAAAACAAAACACCUGCUUAGAAAGGAAGGAAUCAUCUGACUGAUAUUUAAAGCAACCAUCACAGUUUGUUUAGACAUUGUGUAGCAUUUAGGGAAAAUUCCUUCUGAAAUAAAUUCAGCCCUUUGAAAGAACACAGCAAAAUAAUGUCAAAUGUUUAAACGUAUAUUGUGUGUAUAUAUGAAAACUAUAACAACCUUUAUCAUUGAUGAUCUAGAUCUAAAUGGAAAGACCAUCAUCAAUAGACAUUUAAAGACUCAAAUUAUUAUCAAAACAAAGCGCAAAAUCAUUGCAUUUUAUAGGACAAAUAAUGACGAUAUAGGGACUACACUUUAUGUUCAGAUAAAAAUAAGAGUCCCUGCUAGGGUCAGUACAUUAAAAAUAAGCAUACUUGAAGAUGAGUCAGUUUUCACUCGGAAAUUGCUGAUCAACUUUAGAAAUAAUUACAAAAAAUUAUUUACUGCAAAUUAAAUACUGCAAAACAAACAAACAAACAAAAAAAAUUCAGUUUAGAGGUAGAAAGACUGAAAUACUGUUUUCUUUUUAAAAUAAUAUUUUUUGCAAAAACUCCAAAAUUGUUAUAUUAUUGACAACUUAAAAAUAUCAUUUUUAUAGUGUACAUUUUAUCUUGUUGGAUCGGUUUCAAGUUUAAACAAACAUAAAAAUGGAAAAGAAAACGCUGUUGUCUCAUUCAUCUCAUUCUUUCAAAGUAACGGUCCUUUCUGUUGAGAAGUGUUUUAUAGUCAUAUAUCAGUUAUGUUCAGGUAAUGUAUGGUUUUAGGAAGUCUUUACUCACUGACAGAAAUAUAAAUGAACUGUACUCUUGUAUAGUGAAAUGCGCUGUAGAAUUUAUACAGAAGCAACCUAUCUGGCAA